AUGGCUGACUUCAACGCAGAGCUGAUUCCCUCAUCUAAGACAUCUGGGGUAGACUCCAACUACAUCCCAGCUUCGACCCCGCAGGUGCAUGCGUCAAACCUGCUUCGGCUACCAAAUGGUGACCUUCUAUGUGCAUGGUUCGGUGGAUCGCAAGAAGGGUUGUCUGACAUCUGUAUUCACUUCUCGCGCCUUCGUAAAGGAGCAAGGACAUGGUCAACUCCGCAGAAGAUAUCAGAAGAUGCUAAUCGGAGCGAGCAAAAUCCAGUCCUGUUCUUGAACCCAACUACCAAUGAGCUUUGGGUAUUGUUCACGGCACAGCCUGCUGGAAACCAGGACAAGGCGGUUGUUCGCUACCGCAUCUCAAAAGACGAAGGGCAGACGUGGUCUCAGCCACAAAACCUCUUCGACGACGAAGGACUGUUCAUUCGUCAACCAAUUGUUGUACUCAAAGAUGGUACAUGGGUCCUUCCAGCAUGGUACUGUCGCACACCUCCCGGAUAUCGAUGGAUUGGGAACGACGACAUCUCAGUCAUCAAGUACACCCAGGAUUCCGGCAAGACAUGGCAUGAGAAAGAAGUUCCGAAUAGUACUGGCUCUGUGCAUAUGAACAUACGAGCAACCAAGGAUGGCUAUGCAGCUUUGUACCGGUCUAGGUGGGCUGACAAUAUCUAUGUGUCCACGUCCAAGAACUGUUUGGAUUGGAGCGAACCCAAGCCGACAACCCUCCCAAACCCAAACUCGGGCAUAUGUUUUGAUGUGCUCUCGGAUGGCCGAUGGAUCGUAGUGUACAAUGAUUCGAGCUUCCAGCAAGGCCAGGCUAAGCGGGAAGGUUUAUAUGACGAUAUCACCCCAGAGGAUGACAAGCGCCAGAAUCAACCUAAGCAGACGCGAGAGGCGAUUUGGGGCGUUCCACGGAAGCAACUCACGGUCGGCUUGAGUGAUGAUGCGGGUGAGAGCUGGAAAACGAAGCUGCUGCAAGACGGCGACGGGUUCUGUAUGACGAACAACAGCCGCACGCGAGAGAACAGGGAAUUGUCGUACCCCAGCGUAUGGGUGGAUAAGGACGAGACUGGCGAUGUCGCGAAUGUCGCAUUCACGUUCUGGAGACAAAGAAUCAAGUUCUGCAGGUUCAAGGUUGGCUGGAUACAGGAUUAG